CUUCUUCCCGCCACCUCAGCAGUCCUCCAGUGCAACGCAUUAGAGUGGAAACAACUUCAAUAGCACCUCGACAAUGCUCUGUCUCAAGUGCCAGAAUUGCCUCCAGAUGGAAGAUGGCCUGAUCGAAACCAAGGCACCUCAUAUUUCACUUCAUCAUCCAACGUACCAGAGUCUCGAGCAAUCUAUCGAUGCGGGGUGCUAUAUCUGCAGUCGUUUCUGGGAGGCUCUGAGUGCCCAAGAGCGUGAACUUCUCUCCGGCACUUUGGGCGAAGGAGUAGAACUCCUAGACGGAGGUUGCGCUGUUGAAUUGGCCAAGGACCGUCUCACAAGUACUUCCCUGGAGGGCGGGAAGUCUGGUGGUCAUCCUGGCUGCUACUUUCUAGCGGUUGCAUAUGCCACCGCCCCCACAGUCAUUUCCACCACAGCCUGCUGGAAAGCAAGCUUUCUUCUCGAACCUAUUGAUAGUGCAAGUCCAAGCCUCGCACGUCAGAGUCUCGCCCAGAGCACGCGAUCCCCGGAGACGUUAUCUUUGGCCAGGCAUUGGGUCAAAGAAUGCACCACGCAUCAUGAACGAUGCAAAAGGUCGGUCGGCGAAAAGACCUGGUACCCGACACGUCUGCUCUCCUUUGACCUCCAUGAGGCAUCAAUGGCCCGCCUGCUAGAGACGGAUCAAACAACUCCUAUCGGACAAUACAUGACACUCACUCACCGCUGGGGCCCUGUCGACCAUAUGACGUUAACGAACGACACAUAUCCACAGCUGCUCGAAGGGGUUCUAUUGUCUACCCUACCUCAAGUCUUCCAGGAUGCCAUCUCUAUUUGCCGCCAUUUAGGCAUAGGCUAUAUCUGGAUCGAUUCCCUUUGCAUCUUCCAGGGCAAGAACCACAUCACAGACUGGCAGCACGAAGCUUCUUUGAUGGGUAAUGUAUAUUCAAACUCAUUUUGCAAUAUCUCCGCCGCCGAUUCUCCCGAUUGUUCUCAGUCGAUUUUCAGCCGCAGAGAUCCCGGUAGGAUUUGCCCCCAAGUGGUAGAGAUUACCUUUCGCGGCAGAGACAGUGCAAAGACCAUGGAGCGUUUCACGCUUUCCGAUUAUAGGUUCUGGGAAUCGGAGGUCUCAAACGCCCUUGUGAACAAAAGAGCUUGGGUUCUUCAGGAGCGCUUCCUAGCCCCUCGCAUUCUUCACUUUGGCAGGCGACAACUCAUCUGGGAGUGCUGCGAGAAAGACGCCGCAGAAAUCUAUCCUGAUGGCCUGCCGCUUUCCCUCUCGGGAUUCUGGGAUACUCGAUUCAAACAGCUUAAUUCAUCCGACUAUAUCAGUCGGGUAGGUCGGUACAGACACUGCGAGACUGACGGCAUUUCCGCUCCUCAUUUACUGUGGUUUCGCAUUGUACAAUUGUAUACAGCUUCAGCGCUCACAGUUCCAAGCGAUAAGCUCAUUGCGUGUUCUGGUAUUGUCAAGAGGAUGGCCGAGAUUUUACAGGACGAUUACGUCGCGGGUAUGUGGCGCCGAUAUCUGGAGGGCGAACUGCUGUGGUCGGUACCCGGCAACCAUCAGCCCGAACGCUGGACACGGCCUAAGGAAUAUCGUGCUCCCUCCUGGUCUUGGGCUUCAAUCGACGGCCCAGUCACGCCAGGCGAGCCACGAAUUCAAGAUUCGUUGAUAACGAUUGAAGACUACCACCUUGAUUAUUCGACAAGCGAUGAAACUGGUCCAAUUCGGGGUGGCUGGCUACGCCUUCGUGGGGUCCUCAAAAAGACAACUUUAGGACGCAAAAACCCUACGUCGGGUGGAGGCUACCAUUGGGAUAUGGUCCUGGACGGUGAGAAUUCCAAUGCACUGGAGGAGGUAUCCCCAGGCUAUAGUAACCCGCUGGUGAUGCUCGAUAUUCUCCAAGAAGACUUUGAGGAAGAAAACGCUAAAGGGUUGUUGUUCUAUAUGUGCGCUAGGUCGAAUAUUGAGAAAAGGGAAGGUAUGUAUAUACUGAUGCUUAAGAUGGUUGAAGAAGAGAAAGGAACCUUUCAGCGUAUCGGGCUGGCUUAUGCUUGGAGUAAGGAGGUAAAGGAAAGGGUUCUAACGAGGAGCCCGGGAGAAGCACAGUUGCCAUGUCUUGAGUAUCAAGGUGGAUUGCAUUCUAUAUGCAUCAUCUAGAGCACGUUGAAGGCACGGGAGACGGAAAUACUAGGAAACCCCAUGCGUGCAAUGAAGUGACAGCCCGCAAAGCAGUCUUCAGCAUCAGCAGUCGUUAAGGCUUAUGUCUACCGUUAAAUCUGAGCUGACUGCACUGUACCAUUAAACUAAG